AUGCAUCAACGUAAUACUAAUAAUACUAAUACUGGUGCAACAUUUAGUCCAUCUUCACGUUCAAGUAGUACUCAGCAUAAUGAUACAAGUAACACUCGUAUUAUUGCUUUCUGUGGUACACCACCACGAUCUUCAUCAAUAUCAACAUUACCUACAAAUGAGAUUGAACAUCGUUAUGUUCCUCGUCCACCAAUUGAAUCAGAUUUUAUAUUUGAAACAUGUCUUACUAUCUGUAAAAUUAUAUCACUCUUUUUACAGUAUUUAUUAAUUUAUAAAUCAGAAAAAUGGAUUGGUCCUUAUUCAACUUCAGCUUCAUUUAUUCAUUGGCAUCGUAUUGAUGGUUGUGUUAUUGGUAUAUUGAUUAUAUUUUGUUUUGCAUUGCAAGAAAAAUUAAUUUUACUUCGAAUAAUAAUUAAUAUAAUCGCUUUCAUUUAUUCAUUUUGGUUUUAUUCAUGGAAAUAUGUACUUGUUUUUACUUAUCCACUUAUUUGUUCAUUACUUGUUUAUCAAGAUCAAAAUUCGAAAUCAUAUCAACAACAGCAACAACAACAACAACAAAUGUCAAUUUCAUCCAAUAGUUUACCUGGACAUUAUUGUUCACCACAUGCAUAUGAUUUACGUUAUGAAACUGAUUGUCUUCGUAUAGAAUUUAAUCAACGUAUACGACAUAUACUUUUUUCAUCAUUUCUAUCAGUUUAUUAUAUUUGUAUUGUUCCAUUAGCAUUCUGUGAUACACAUUAUAUUCGUCUUGAUGUAACUCUGCUAUUUCAAUUUAGUUUUAUUGUAUUUCUUAGUUUAAUUAUGGUAUAUACAAGUCAUUAUCUGCCUUUGGAAUUAUUAACUGUUUUUCAUCGAAAUGGAAAACAUCUUGGUUCAUGGCAAUGUUUAACAAAUCAUAAUCAUUCAUCAACAAUUCCAUCAUGGGAUGAAAAAAAUCAAAUAGGAUAUGAACCAAAUUCUAUUGUUAAAUAUAAACGGCAAAUUUAUCGUUCAUCACAAUGUAGUUCAACAGUUGCUGAACCAGCUAAUAUGUACCAUACACGUUUUGCAAUAUUAUUUAGUCGGCCAUUUAUUUUUCCAUUAAUUUUAUGUUCAAUACAGAUUAUACUUGUGAUUCUUCAAAUAUUAUUUCUUUUACUUGAUCAACGUUGGUUUAUUGUUGUACCACAAAUGAUACUAUUCAUUUUUAAUACAUAUACUAUUGGUCAUACAACGCGUGAUAUGUAUUUACUUUAUUUAGUUUAUGGUUGA